AUGGAUAUCCCGAGCGACCAAGCCACUCACUUAGAUGUCACGGCACCUUCAAAUGUCGAGUCAGCCAAUGCAGAUACAGAGUUAACCGAGAAGGAACAUCUGAGCCAGGACAUUACUCCGAGAUCCGAGCCUCUGCCCGUUGUUUCGGGAGAGUCCACGCGCGAGGCCGAAAAGUUUGGAGAGGUUCAAGAGCUAGACUGCAUUCAAGAGUUUACAGAUAUCGAGAAAACUGCCUUUAGUUCCCCCUUCCCAUCACCGAAGCCAGUUGCAGAUGACUGCGAGAGCAUUGUCUCUCUUGAGAGGGAAGAGGACCUGGAGGGGAAGCCUUGCAAGUCAGUCGUAGCGAGCCCUGUUCUUGCAGAAGGCCAAGAAGAGCAGUCCAAUGAGAAGGCGGAGUUAAAGCUUGAAGCAUUCCCCAUCGCCAAGAAGGAAUCUCUCGUAACAGCUAUGCCCGAAGUCCAAGCCGAGACUGCCGAUGCCGAUGUCAAUAUUGAAGACAGCGAUUCCAAGACUGAUACCGACAUGGUUAUCGAGGCUCCUAAGCCCGUCAAGUCGGCUCAGAGUCUACCUCCUCAUAUGCGUCCUGGUUUUCAGUCACCACCAUCCCGCCACUUCGGCCUUCAAGACUCAAGACAAAUGACGACACCCAACGAACUCGCUCGACCCAACGAGGGACCUCGCGCACCUCGCUCUCACUAUACUUCGUAUCAACCUAGAGGCGACCACAUGGAUCGGGAACAGUUCGCCCGUAUGAGCGCUCAGCUAAUGAAGACCAAGCACGAACUUGAUACCGAGCGCAACAACAACCGGCGACUUCGGGUAAUCAUCGAGGCUGAGCAGCAGCAGAAAGUUGAAGCAGCUUCGUCGAGUAUGCUUACCAACCUCCUGCGCGACCAAGCUGAAGCUCUCACGCUCAAAGCUAAAGUCGAAGCUAAGGAACGUGAACUUGGCUUCCGAGAGCAGAAGAUCUCACAGCAUGAGGUAUACCUUUCCGAAGGCCAGAAGCAGCUCUGGUUUUCUCUUGAAGAGAAUGGUGUCCGCCCCAUGAGCGCAGUGCAGAUGCAGCACGCCCGACGUGAAGCUAAACUGGAUGCUCAGAAGGCUAUCGAUGACUUGAACGGAAAGCUCAAUAUCAAGAUUGAAGGCCUUCGUCUUCGUGAAGCAGCACAACAGAUGCGUGAACAGCAGUACAAAGCUAUGAUUCGCGAGUCACUCAAGGACGAGCUUGUCGACUCUCUAACUUCCGAGAAGGUUGAUGAGAUUGCCGAGAUUGAGUAUAACAACGGAUUCGGCGCGGGUAAAGAGGUUGGUCGCAAGGAAGCACGUGAGAAGUCUCACCAGCGAGGCUUCCUCGAGGGCUAUGGCGCAUGCCACCGUACCCAAAUUACCUUGAGCAAAGUUCGCCAGGGUCUCAUUCCCCGCGAUAGCCCCGACCUCGAUUUCUUGUAUGACGCCAAUCAUCCGCACAACCUCUGGAACAUUGGGGAGCUCGUCGGUCGCCUGCAGCACGAUGACAAGGCCUUGCAGAUGACGAGCGCUGUGAAGGGGGAGACUGUGUCUGAGAAAAAGGCCACGUCCCAUAGCAGGAACCAUGAAGCCCACGAAGGAGUUCCCACGAUCGAUGGCAGGGUCAACGGUGAUGCCAACGGCACCAUGGUCCGCAAGCACGAGGAGCCAAUUCGCAAAAUGCUUCCGGCUCGCCCGACCGUCGCUACCGAGCUCCGUGGGCCUUCCGCGACACACAACGGUCACAUCAUCCUCGCCAACAACAACGCCGCAUCGCCAGCCGUCAGGGAAACCGGACGCCCCAUCAUCCAGUUUGAGAACGAUGUCGAGAAUCUGAUUGAUUUUAUGUAG